CGUCUGCGUGGAAGCUUAAAAUCCGUGGUGGGCGUUGACAUCUAGUAGGUACUACGGUUUUUUGCCAACGGAAGGCAACAGCGAUAUUUAAAUACAUUUCGUAGGCGAAGGCUGCUCCGCGGCGGCGGAGCUCUGUCAGUGAGCUUCGUACGGGCGCGUAAAGCGGACGUGAGCGCCAGUGAGUGCGAGCGAACAUCCCGAGUGUAGCUGCAGCGAUCAAGAUACGAACACCGACAGUCAUGGAAGUCGCGGGUCAGUGGCGGCGGGAGUGGGCUGGAACGGCCGAAUAUGGAAAGGUUACAGAAGGCGGUGUGACGAAGCGCGUAGCGCGCGCAAUGGAAGUGCUGCAUGCAAGCGCGCCGGGAGCUCGCGUGCGCGUGUUGCGCGCAGCGUACCACUCCACCGCAGGCCCGGGGGUGCCCGCCUCCUCCUACAUGCUUCAGUCUUCCAGAAGGGUAAUAUCAUCUGGAUAUGACUUCGUAGAACCAACAUCAUUGCCGUCAAAGCCUUUGGAGAUAUCUUCGAUACCUUUAGAAACUCUAGAUUCAGAUGUUGAGAAACAGAAUUACAAAGUAACCGAACCCGAUGAUUUAGAUAUAUCAGAACCGUCAAAAUGGCGCAGCGGUGUCGGAAGGAGCUCGAUUCGAAUGCCGAGUGAGGAAUCUUCAUCGGCCGAUAACGCCAGCAUUAUUGACCUCGAUUCUAGAACAAAUCAAAGGAAUUCUUUCAAAAGUCAUAUAUACGAACACAAUGAGGACAGGAUAAAGCCAAACCAUCCUAAAAAUAAUAGAGUAUCGCCAUUAUUAGAUGCACCUGUAACACUAAGUACACUUAAAUACAAGUCUCUCUUAAACGGCAGCGACGACUGGAAUAAUAGACGAAAGAGUUAUAGUUUUGAAGAUACAGCACCGUUGAACAAAAUGAUUUUAGAUAGAAAAGAUAGAUUUGCAAUUGAAUCUUCUACUGAUAGUGGUAUUUGUAAGUCUUCUGAAAUCGUUAACGAUGUAGACAGCGCACGCCAAUAUAAAAGGGAUAGAAAGCCAGAAACACAAGAUGAAACAUUCAAAGAUUGGCUUUACAAGAACAGAGUCGGCCACCCUAUGAAGCCGGUCAAGGAGCAUAGCGUGACACCGGACAGACUCAGUGACAAUAAUAUAACACUACAGUCUUCAGGCAAAGUAUGUAUCACCCUUCCAGUAGCUAUUGAGACAGAAAAUGGUUACGAGUACAGAAAAUCACUGAACGUUGACGAAAAUGAUCGUAAAUCCAAAAAGGUUGAAUUUUGUAAAACUGAAUUACAUUUUGCGGCAGAUACAGGAACCGUUAAUAUAAUCGCCACGGAUGAAAAACCACCUCCUACGAACGAUUUUAGAAGGCGAAGAAGUGCAUUUGUUCCUAUUAGCGAUAGAUUCGAAAAGUCUGUUACUUUGUUCGGCGAAAAGACUGACUUUCACGGAAGUAGUAAAACUGAAUAUUUUUCUAGUUAUAGCACUAACGAUGUUGGUGACUCCGAUGAGAAUACAGCAGCUACAAAAAGUAUUCUCAAAAAUAAAAUUCCGAAACCCAAGCCAUAUCUCUUAGGAGAGAACAUGUCACUUGGGGACGAUGAUAAUGUAAAAAAUGGCAGUGUUGAUGAUAACAAUGGCAUAUCUGGUGUUACUCUGGUUAAUGCCCAACUUCAGGCUGACAAAAUAUACUGUAACGAAACUAGGCCUAGUUAUUCAACUAGUUCUGGCUCAACUGCUAUUCUUCAAAAGUCUUAUAGGACCACCAAUGAAGGUACCUUCAGACAAGGCAGUUUUAGGAAGACUUCUGCAAAGCCCGUAGUGGAAACAGAUAAACACUUGCGAUUGAGUAGCGAAAAGGAUGACCUUUCAACGAAUUCGGUUAAAAGAAAAUUGCAAAUGAUUCAAAAAUCGCCAACACUAGGAAUUUCGAAUACGCGCCAACUGAGGGAUAGCGAUCUAAUGUAUUUCGGAAUUGCAAAAGAUCGGAAGUUCGAUUCGAACUCACAUGAACGCCACGAGAAUAAACUAUACGAUAAAAAUAAUGAGCAAGAGGAGAUUUUUGAAUCGGUCAGAUUGGUUCGAAAAAUUUCAAGCAGUGUUUGUAGUAGCGAUAUGGAAUCAGAUGAUGCGCCAGAAUAUCAAAAUAUAUUGUAUAAAGCAAAUUACACACCUGUUCCCGCUCCUCGUGGACGGAACAAAUAUGACAUAGAAAUAGAAACAAGAUCACGAAAUUUGAAUUCAAUAGAGGAACAAGAUAACGACGAUGUUCCGACGACGCUAAGAAGGUCCAGAUUAAGAAGGCAAGAGACGACUAGUUCUUCAAGCCGCAGCAUAUCUGAGCCCCCGAAGGCUAACAGGUUGCGUCACAAAGAACCUAACCCUCAAAAGAGUAGUUCAAGAAAUUCUCCUUCCUUACGUAUGAAGAAGGACGAUUUUAAUAAAGUACUUGAUAUAGCAGAAGAAACUGUUUCCAAAGACAGUUCGUCUUUGUACGUUAAUUUAAGACCAAAAGAAAGGCACCGUGCAAACGAUAAAAAAGACUUAAAACAGCAAACUCGAAUAAAAACACAAUCAAAUCUAACUGAAAAAAAUAACACCAUGGAACGUGUUAAAGCAAGAAAUACUAAUCAAGAUGAAGAUGGAAAGAAAAAAGCUGUAAGGUCAGAUUCGCUAAAGAAUAAAAGCAAUGUAAAUGAAAGUUCACCAACGCGUAAAACUAGAGUACAAAGAACAGAAAAACUAGUUACUCCUGAACUACCUCAUAGUGGAAGAAGGAAUAGAAUCGAGGAGAGUAUUUACGAUAGAAGCAAUACAAAAAGUGGAAAAGAUUUAACAUCUGCACAGAAGGACGAUCGAAUACGAUCAUUGCAUCGUCACGCGAAACCUUUACCCGAUGCUAAUAACUCCUUAAAAAAACAGGACACCCUAAGAGUGGAUACUACUAAAGAUUUUAAAGAAAACUUUGAUAUAAAACAUAUUACACAUCCCACAAUUAAUAAUAAUUUAACCAGCAUUUCACAAAAAACAAAACCAUCAUCAAAAUCGAAGAACAAAAUUCCCGACAACUAUAAUGACACGAAAAAGUCUAGACGAAGUGAGUAUGUCAUUAAUUACGAUGAUAAAGAAGGAACGGUCUCGUCUAUACGAAAAGUUAGAUCGAAACAUGGUUCUGAAACUAAAAUCCGUUCUGCUAAAGAGAACAAAGAGAAUGCUACUAUAGAACAUAAUGUUAGAAUUAAACAAAUAAAUAAAAUAGCCUUACAAAAGAUACCAGAUCAGAAGGAAAAAGGAUUUAUGGGAAAGGCAAGAAAAUCAAAAACACAUAUUCAAAGACCUUGCCAUCUUUUAUAACCGAAUAGAUUAGUCUAUUUAAAUAAAUCGAGGAAAAAAAUGCUUGAAAGUAAAAUCACAAAGUGAUUUUCGAAAGUUGUAUUUUGUUUGUUGCUGUUUUAUUGAAGAAAAGAAGUGUAACAAUGAUCUCACGGUGAUUUUUUUAAUAAUAACGAUUUUGUAUUUUCUCUAAUAACGCU